GGCGCUGUUUAUUUUGCAUGUAAAGACACCAAAAUGCGUCCUAAUAUGCCCAGCAGGUUUUGCAGGUACAUGAGGAUAUGUAUCUCUUAGGACACUUGCCUUGGAGCACAGGCACCUGAAACACCUGGAGCACCUGCUAAGUACCUCUGUAUCAAGGUUUGGAAAUGCUGUGAUCUUUAGGAUUGCUCCUACCUUUGCAUCUUGCCAAAUUGCACGCGUAACCAACACAUGACAUGAAGCAAGUGCGUUCAACACAAUUGUUCCUCCUCUGCUUCAGCAUCAUUCUCGUACCUUACCUUAUCCUUUUAUUGCACUCUUCAACCUGCAACUCUUCACCUUUCCCUCUCCAUCCAUGAUCUCUCGAUAACCUCGACAAUCUCGAUAUCCUCGAUACUCUCGAUACUCGUCUCUCGCCAACUCUUUCCUCUGUCAAGGAUCUCGGCAUGAAUUGGAUGGGAGGAAAUCUCUCUCGGCACCGUCGGGGAAAGGGCUGGAAGGAGGAAAUGGCACGACAAAAAGAAUACUUCGCCAAGGCCCGCUCUCGACAGCGUGAGGGUGCAAAAUCGAGCCCUGUACCGCUCUCUGCAGCUAAUUUCAUCCCCAAUUAUGCACCUCCGCCACAAGCUACCGCGAGCCUAGGGGAAGCAACAUUUCCAUCAUCCAUGCCGAUUAGUGAACCCACAGGCGCUGCAGAUGAGGCAUCAAGAAGCUUGAAUAAUCCAUUAAGACCAUUGCGAGGAGAUGUUACCGAACUGCCAUUAAUUGCUUCGUCAGGCGAGACAGGUGGAUUCACUGUGCCUGACCAGUCGUUAGAAAAUCACCCUAUGGGUGCUUCUAAUCAAAGAACUGAGCGUCGGAAAACUUUCCAAGAAGGAGAUGUUGCAAAAGUCAAACUGCCGAAACUCUCAGUCAAGGAGCCCACGCGGCAGAUUUUUGAGCGUCCACCCCUUUCGAGGCAUAUCUUGGAUCAGCAGCACAGAACGUCCGUCGCCCGUCGCGAAUUCCGGUCGAAAUUUGACAAACAGAGAGGUGUAAGAGAAAGAAGAGUGACCCAGAACACACCUCCACCUAGCCUUAGGUCGGUCAGAAUAAGCAUCGGCAGUCGAGAUUUUCGAUGGAGUGAGGAAAGAAAUUCCAUCCAAAAUGCCAUCCCAGAUGCCAUCGGGAAUCCCACUUUCGGUGAUCACUCGGAAGCCCAAAGCAUUGGACCCGAAGCCGAACAAACAACGCACACCACACGGCUUGGAGGUGCCAAUAUUGCGUCCUACAUUACCGGUGAGUCUUUUACAGGCUGUUCUCUGCCGAGUACGAGCAGCGAUCUGCUACUGUCGUCGCCAUGCCGGGAUAGAGCGGCUCGACGUCAAAAUAUGUACAAUUCACCAAAGAAAAUCGUAGGCGCGCCUUCGGCAGAAUUCGAGCACCCGCUACUAGAUUAUGCCUAUGGAGCGGCAAAAAAGCCAUCUUCAACGUCUGAAACAGAGUCUACGGGCAGUGUAGCCGUACAGAUCGGUGAUUUCGAAAUCACGCCAGAAGGCGAGACGGACGAAGAACGGGUUUGGAGACAGUGGCUGGGGUGA